AUGGCAGCCGUAUACAAGCAGUUUUUGGCCUCGCCGAGCUCUUCCCUGCUCGCCGACAAUGCCUCUCUGCAUUACAUCACCACCCUGACCAACUUUUCUUGUGCUACCGACAUCAUCAAGCACCUAACGGCGCUGCGCAAACAGGUCACCAAGAAGCAGGAGGAGAUCCUCAGCCUUGUCGAGGGCCAGGAUGCCAUUGUUGUUGAGGUCAACACGGCUCUUGAAUUCAUCACUAGUGGUGGCGUCUAUCUUCCCAAGCUCGAUGACAACUUUUUGUCGGAUCGCACCGCCUACGUUCCCAUUACACACUUUGUUUCCUUCGAUGCCGACGGCAAGAUUGUUCAAAUCAGACAGCAGUGGGACCAGGGUGCUCUCCUCAAACAGCUCGACAUCGUUGGCAAGACUGGUCGCAACUGGCCCAUCGAGGACAGCCGUGAGCAGCUUCGACAGCUUCAGUCCUGCCUCAAGACCGUUGGCAAGAGUGCUCAGCAGGCCUCGAGCCGUAAUGAUGUUGUCAUUCGUACCCGCCACAACUCAAACAACGCUGUCCGCGACCCCCAUGCCUCCCUCAACCUGUACGGAAGCAGAGAGGAGCUUGAGUCGACCCCUCUGAAGGCCGCCCCCAUGCCCUACGGCGGCCAUCGUUUUAAUCAGCGCUCUGUCGUUGAUAUAAUCGGCGACGAGCCCGAGGACAGUGAAGCUGGUCACAGUCGCCACCGCUCUGUUUCCCCCAGCAAGGCUGGCUCCGGCAAGAACUUCCAGCCCUCCCGUAUUUUUGAUGGCAAACAGGACCCCGAGGAGGUCGAAACUCCCAGGAGGAGCGAUAAGUUCAUCAAGCCUCACCCUACCAAAUACAACCACUUUGACUUUGUCGACGGCUCUGACCCCAAAGACGCUCCUGUUCGCGGUGUUGACCUAGACCAGCGCCCUAAGUCCAAGCACGAUAGCCAGUGGUCUUUCGACGACUUUGUUACCCCUGCCAAGGCCACGGCCUCCAAGGGCAUGCGCUCGCAAGAUGUUCAACACUGGAACCCUGAGAUGCAGUUCUCUGCCGAUCCCGCAGAGCGCCACCCCGCUGGCAAGGGUCGCCGUGAUGCCGAAACUCACUUUGAGCUCCAGGAUGAUGGGGAGAAGGACGCCCGCCAAGAACGCGUUGGUCUUCCUCGCGGUGCCAUGCACAACGAAGGCCAGAGUCUUUACAAUGAUAAGCUCUUCGAUGAAGUUGACCCCACCCCCGGGCCCAAGCGAGCUCUGCAAACCGUCACCAACCUCAAGGAUCGCAGCAAGGACUUUGAUCCUCAUUUUGAAAUGGCUGACGAGUCACCAUCUCAGCCCCCGCGAACCCAGAAUGCUCCCGAGGGGAAGAAGAAGAUGGCCAAGAUGAUGGACCACAACUGGGAGGUCUAUGAGCAGUCGCCCCUCCAGGAGAACAACAGAUCUCGCCCUGUUGCGGCCUCUACCGGCAAGAGCCAAAAGAUUCACAUUGCUGGUGACGGCAUGGGCUCCAGAAAGGGGGCUACCCACGACGAGGCGGACACCAAGAUUCACAUUGCCGGCGAUGGUAUGGGUGGUCGUAGGGGUACUUCGCGCGCCUGGAUGACUGGCGGUGAUGAGGACGAGAACGAGCAGCCCAAGGCACAGCCACGGGGUCGCGGCGCUGCGAAGAUGACGGAGGGUGUCUGGGACUUCUAA